AUGGAACUUCCUGCAAGUUUAGGGGUUUCCAUGCACUCUACCGCCAUGUGUUGGGCAGCAGCAGAAGGAAAUUUAGAAACUGUCCGUCGUUUGCGGGAGGAACAUGGAGCUGACGUGAACGCUUGUGACUACGAUAAGCGUACACCAUUGCAUAUCGCUGUAAGCGAUGGACAAAUUGAAAUAGUAAAUUAUUUACUACGAUGUGGAGCUAAUGCCGAGGCACUUGAUCGAUGGGGACGCUCAUCUAUUGACUGUGCCAUCGAGACAAAGAAUGUAGCCAUCUUACGACUUUUGGAACGUGCAACAUACGGACGUAGUAAUACAGUGUCACUAUUUGAGGUGGAUAAACGAAUGCGGGCAACAAGCGAGAGUGAAGGAUUGAGACGGAGUCGAUCAAGUCCAGAUAUUGCAUCAUUUUUUCGAGCAAUUCAAGAAGGAAAUACCGAGAAAUUGAAACGAGCGUGGCUUGAUGGCAUGGAAGUGAAUAUAGCUGAUCAUCUUGGACGAACAUCACUUCAUAUUGCUGUGGAAACUGGUCAGAUAGGUGUGAUUGAAUUACUUUUAUCUGCUGGUGUUAAUACUACAGUUGUGGACAAUUUGGGACGUUCACCUAUAAGUAUUGCAUUGGAAAAACAAUAUAUUGCCAUUGUAGACAUUUUACGUAACCAUCAAAAGACGAAAUUCUCAAGUCAUGAGGUAAAAAGCAGCGAAAAUGCUGAUGAGAUUGCACAUGCGUUUCGAGUGACGAAGCGAGGAGAAAUUGAAAAACUCAAGCAGCUUGUACCAGCAAUUGUACGACCAGAUAUGGACGAUUAUGAUCGUCGGACAUUAUUGCAUAUCGCUAGUGCUGAAGGGCACGUCGAAAUUGUCAAAUAUUUGGUUGAUUGUGGUGCAAAUGUUAAUUUACUUGAUCGUUGGGGAUCAUCGCCACUUUCGGAUGCCAUGGAUUUUGCACAUAAUGAUGUUGCAAAGUUUUUAAGUGCUAAUCAUGCAACAGAGAGUGGCUUUCGUGCCACUGUUGCUGUAGACCAUAUUGACAGUACCACAUUAACUGGUGCAUUAGAGUAUACACUUCGAGUCAUUACACGGGGUCCAUGGAUAAUGGGUCAAGGACAUUGUCCAAUGCUGGAUGAAGACAAUAAUUGUAUCUUAAUGACACACAGUAUUUGGCAAAAAAACUCACGUAUCGAUCCUCACUCAAGUACUUUACAAUAUAGCGCUGGAAUUCAAAAGUAUCGAAAAGUUUCGUCAAUGGUCAUGUUGGAUCCUGGUCAAGGAUUAAUUGGAAGUGUCUUUAGUAGUCAACAUCCUCAAUGGCUUGAUUUGCGCACUUCUCAUCAAUCACAAUUCUUUCUUCUACCACAUGCUCGAGUCGCUGGCUUUCAAACGAGUCUUGCUAUUCCAAUGAUUUGUAAAAUGUCAACAGUAGCAGUUUUAUCUUGGUAUUCACUUCAUGCAUUAUCAGAAGAUCAACAUGAAGUACAACGAAUGCAACGUCUCGUUCGAUCGGUUAUGAUCUUGUCAUCACUUCGUCAAGAUUAUUCAAGCUCAAUGAACUCAAAUGGUCAUAAUGGACGUAUCUCUCGAUUUCAAUUUUGUCAGACAUUAGAUAAUGCCAUCACAGCUAAUGGUGAGCUUACAGACACGUCAAUUCAACGCGAAGAUUUGGACGUUUGUGACACGAUACCACUUGCUCUCGAGUGGAAAUUAUUUGAUUUGAUUGACACAUUAGCGACUUCUAUGAAUAGUGAAGAUCACGCUGCGAUUGUGCCAAUUUUACGCUCUCUAGUCUUUUUACUACACAAUGGACUGUUUGAUCAAGCUUUGCAUCAACAAUCUCGACACUUAUCACUUAAGCAUGUGAUUGAAACAGCAAAUGGUAAGAUUCGAACCAAAUCGGACCUCAUUGGACAUUUAAAGUACUAUCUCCAAUAUUUCUACACUGUGAGUCCAACGGAAGCCGAGCUUUUUACCGAAGUUCAGGAAUUGUCUUUACGAGUGGAGAAGGCGUUGAAUGCUCGAACUCCUGAUGACAAAAAAUCAACUUUUGAUAGUACGUUAACGAAUGAAAUGGAGAGUCAGGAAAACGAAGCGAGAGUCGAACGGAUUGAUAAAACUGAGUGCGUCUUAUGCAAGUACAAGGUCCCAGGUCACAUUCAUCCAGGUCUUGCACCUAUUCCAGCAGAUCUACAACCUCGUGAAAGGAUUUUAUCUGUUUCAAAAACGUCACAUUUAAUGCACGGCAAGAAGUUUUUUGGACAGGCUGACAAUCCGAGAUCACCCGUUUAUCGCCAUAUUGAACAGCUCUUGGAGCGAUUGGAAAAUGAAUACGAUGCUUUUAAGCGCAAGAUUGAGUUGGCUAAGUGUUGUGAUGGGUCACAAACGACGGUCAUUACGUCAAGUGACUUGUACGAUGUUAUUGGUGCUGCUCACGAACCUUUGAAGAUUGAUGGAUAUGCUUCGCGAAAUUACUCACGAAAAGAUCUACUUGAUGUCAUGAAUGAGAUUAUGCACGAUACGUCGUGUAUCAUCUCACAGAAACAGCUUGUUGCAUUGCAUGAGCGACUUCUUUCGACUUCAAGUGGACAAGCAGGUGUCUUUCGAACGGAUCUCGCAGUCGGAUAUGCUUCGUCUCGGAUCUAUCGUGUGUUUCUUCCUGCUGAAGAGAUAAACGACGCUAUAGAAAUUUACAUCAAGAGACUCAACGAUGAAACGCGUUGGACGCAACGACCACUUCUUCGUGCUUAUUAUGCAUUCGCAGUUCUCGUGUUUUAUAUUCAUCCCUUUCACGAUGGAAAUGGACGUUGUGCACGAUUAAUUGGAAAUUUAGUCGCCAAGAAACUCGGAUAUCCAUUCUUGCUUCGUGCUUCAGACAAGACAAUUCAACUGGUGGAAUUUCUAGAAAAAGCAAUUGUGACAGUUGAAAUUCUUCGUAGUAGCCGUCGUCAGACUCGUGCUCUAGCAGCGUAUACGUAG